AUGUUACAGCCCGAUUCCUGUGCGUGUGGGAUGAACAAUUUACAAUUGUUCCAAGUCCCUCCGACUAAUAUUGCUUUAGAAGACUCGAAAUGGGAAGAAUAUUACCCCAUUUCCAGUACUUUAGAUUCGGAGACCGCUCCCAUCGAAUUUGAAAUUAAAGGACAAGGAGAUCACUAUCUGGAUUUAUCUCAAACUUAUCUUCAACUGGGCACAAGUGGUGCGGCCGAUACAGUGACCAUUAACGAACCCAUCCUCACAGAGUUACCGGCCAAUUCUAAAAACGAAGGAUUCCGAAAAAGACACCAAGCUAUUGCUGGGAGUAAGAAAAUCACUUUGCUGGAUGGUUUACAUCUGGAUUUGUUUCAACAAGAUCGAUUUCUACCUAAUGGAGUGGACGUCCGUUUGAGAUUUAAUCGAGCUAGACCUGCUUUCUACAUGAUGAUCAAAGGAGGAAGUACAGGAAAAGUGAAAAUUUUGAGUAUGAUCUUGUGGGUGAGAAAAGUCAAACCCACAGCAGUCAUGAUGAAUACCAUUAAUCAGAGUUUGAACACCCACAGAGCCAAAUAUCCCUUGAGAAGAGUGGAAGUGAAAACCUUUACUAUCCCCAUAGGAACUCAGUCUAAGAUUACGGAUCAUCUGUUUCAAGGGCAGAUGCCUAAACGUCUCAUUUUAGGCUUUGUGGAGAAUGCGGCCUUUAACGGAGAUAAAACUAAAAAUCCCUUUCAUUUCCAAAACUUUGGGAUCAAGAAAUUAGAUGUCAGUAUCAACGGAGAGACCAUGAGUACUCGUUGUUUUGAGCCUAAUUUCAACGACGAUUUAUAUCUGAGAUCUUAUCUCAGUCUGUAUCAAGCCCUGGGAAAAUUAGGAGAAGAUUGGGCUCCGGACAUUACCCUAGAAGAGUAUAAAAGCGGCUACACUCUAUGGGGCUGGGAUUUCACUAAAGAUCAAGAGGCGCAAUCGGAUAAAUUCCACAUCAUAGAAACAGGAAAUCUGAGAGUAGAAGUGCAGUUUACCAACAAUACGGUUAACACCAUCAAUUGUGUGGUGUAUGCAGAAUUCGAUAACCUAUUAGAAAUUAACAAACAGAGAGAAGUGAGCAUUGAUUACUAA